GGUCUUCCCCUGCCCCGGGACCCGGCUGCGCAUACAAUGUCCUGGCAGUAGGUGGCGACAAAGAGGCGGUCACCGGGGCUAAGCCCGGAAGUAUUCUCCGGUCACUAGAGAAGAUCAUGGCGCCGCCCGUCCGGAUCACGGCCGCAGCGUCGGAUCGGAGAAGUUGUGUCAUGUGGUAACAGCGCUGCGGAGUCUUCCCGGGGAGCGCCAUCGCUUUCAGGACAACUAGCACUAGCGAUCUCCGCCCACAAGGCGGCUGGCUGCAGACAUGAUGGAAGAUAAAGGUCCUCGGGUUGCAGAUUACUUUGUGGUGGCAGGAUUGACCGAAACCUCCAAACUCCUGGACCAUGAUAUGGGACGUGCGGAGACCAAAGCAGUGGGCCCCAAAGCACCAAUUACAGAUAUUGUUGUUAUAAACACAACAGUUGGUGAGACGGUGCCAGAGGGAUAUACAUGCAUUGAGGUCACACCAAGUGGUCUUCAAGCAAAUCUCAACCAUGGCAGUCUGAAGAGCCCAGAGCUGUUUGUGUGUUACAAACGAGAAAGGGGAAAAGCACCGCUGAUAGAUGUUGGAGUGCUGUAUGAAGGAAAGGAGCGUCUUAUGUCGGGCUGCGAGACAAUCCAAGCAACUCCAUACGGGCGCUGUGCUAAUGUAAACAAUAGCUCGGCUACGUCCUCAAGAAUAUUCAUCACUUAUCGGCGUGCAGCUCUUGACCGUACUCAGAACUCUCUUGCAGUCACUGACAUCUGUGUGAUCAUCACCAACAAAGGGGAGAUCCCACCUCACACUUUCUGUAAGGUGGACAAAAACCUCAACGGUGGCGUGUGGGGAUCCAACGUAUACCUGUGCUAUAAGAAGUCUGUGCCUGCUUCAAACUCUAUUGCUUAUAAGGCUGAUAUGAUCUUCAGAUAUCCAGAAGAAGAUUAUGAAUCAUUUCCACUACCUGAGUCUGUGCCUCUUUUUUGUCUUCCAAUGGGAGCAACCAUUGAAUGCUGGGCUCCCAAAAUCAAGUACCCACUUCCGGUCUUUUCCACAUUUGUCCUCACUGGCUCCAAUGCAGACAAGGUCUAUGGUGCUGCUAUUCAAUUCUACGAACCAUACCCUCGAGAAAUGCUGUCUGAGAAACAGAUGAAACAGCUUGGACUUUUUACAGCUGUGGACAAGAAAGUCGUGACUUCUAAAAUUAUCAAUACCAACAAGUGCAUCUGCCUGCUCUCUCACUGGCCCUUCUUUGAAACCUUUCGAAAGUUUUUAAUUUUCAUCUACAAGCUCUCGGUGUCUGGUCCUCACACACUUCCCAUUGAAAAACAUAUUUCACACUUCAUGCACAAUGUUCCUUUCCCAUCACCUCAAAGGCCAAGAAUCCUUAUGCAGCUGUCGGCACAUGAUGCAUUGAUUCUCUCCCAGCCCGUGUCAACUCCAUUGCCACUCAGUGGAGCAAAUUUUAGUACAUUGGUGACGAGUCUGGGGCCAGAUAACUGUGCCACCUUGCUUCAUUUUGUACUGCUAGAGAGCAAAAUCCUCCUCCAUUCACUCCGACCAGCGGUCCUGACUGGUGUGGCUGAAGCUGUUGUGGCUAUGAUCUUCCCUUUCCAGUGGCAGUGCCCAUAUGUUCCCUUGUGCCCCUUAUCUCUGGCAGGAGUACUUAGUGCUCCUAUCCCAUUUAUUGUUGGAGUGGAUUCUCGGUAUUUUGAUUUAUAUGACCCACCCCAGGAUGUUGUGUGCAUUGAUUUGGACACAAGCAUGGUCUACACGGCAGAGGAAAAAAGAAAUGUGACCUGGAAACAGCUUCCAAAGAAACCAGUGAAAAACCUCCUUAGUGUGUUGAAAAAAGUCCAUCCUCAGCUGGUGCUUGUUCACAGACAAAACCAAGAACAGAGUGCAGUUGAGAUGACUCCCAUUGAAGCUGACUUCUCCUGGCAAAAGAAAAUGAAAGAGCUGGAGCUGGAAAUUCAAGAAGCAUUUCUGCGCUUCAUGGCAUCUAUACUAAAGGGCUACAGAUCUUACUUAAAGCCCAUAACUGAAGCACCUUCUAAGAAGGCCACUGCAGCAAACUCCCUUUUUGACCACCAAGGGUUUUUGAAAAGUAGGGAUCGAGCUCACAUGAAGUUCUACACACAGCUAACAAAAACUCAGAUCUUUAUCCGCUUUAUCGAAGAGUGCAGUUUUGUCAGCGACAAGGACACCGGCCUGGCAUUCUUUGAUGACUGCAUUGAUAAGCUGUUCCCAGAGAAGAGCAAUGAAAAAGGAGACAAGGUAGAUCAGGAAUCCCCUGAGGAUACCCGUCUGAUAGAGCUAGAUGAGUCUCAGAAGAGUGAGCAUACAGUUUUUAUAAUGCCACCUGAGCCUCUUCCAGAGGAUGGGCCUGAUCCUGUUCCAAAAUACAGGUACAAAAAUUUUCCAAGGCUUAACUAUGCUCUCUUUGACCGGACUCGUGAGCAGUACCUUACAUUUAAUGGAAACUCAAAAGACAAGCGAGCUGCAAGCAGUCCUACAUUUAUUGCUAAAAGAAGCAAACAGGAAGUUAAAGCGGCUCACAAGAUAGCCAGGAAAUAUUACACCAAUCCCAGUAACUGGCCCAAGUGCUUGUUUAGCCAAUGCUUUAGUCUGUGGUUCAUCUGUUUGCCAGUUUAUGUGAAAGUUUCCCAGUCAAAGUCUAGAGCACUUCAGAAGUCUUAUGAAGCAUUGGUUAAAAUGAGAAAGACUGAAGUGGAUCCAUUGGAUGAAGUUUGUUACAGAGUGGUAAUGCAGCUGUGUGGCAUUUGGGAGAACCCUGCUUUGGCAGUAAAAGUCUUCAUUGAAAUGAAGAAUGCUGGAAUACAGCCUAAUGCAAUAACCUAUGGUUACUACAACAAGGUUGUCCUGGUGAGCCCCUGGCCAAGCAGUAACCGCAGUGGGAAUUUUUUGUGGACGAAAGUUCGAAAUGUGAUAUUUGGAUUAUCCCAGUUUCGCAACCCGCUGAAAAAGGCAAAGGCGGGGUUUAGGUCCUCAGUGCCAGCUUCCCAGGGUGCUGCACGUGGGAGUGAUGGGGACAUGGUGAGCCAUGGCGUGGAUAAUUCUAAUGAUGCUAACUCUGGGGAGCACACUGUCUUCGUGAGGGAUUUAAUCAGGCUUGAGUCUACUGAUUCUACUGAUAUGCACUCUAGUUCAGGGAGUCAGGUCGAUGAGAGGACAGGACCCAAAGAUGAACUCCACAAGGACAAAGCUCUGAUUCAUGAUGUUCAGGAAAACAGCAUAGAAACAGAUUCUGUUUCAAAAUUAAGUCGGCAGCUUGGGGGAAAUGAAGAAUUGCUUUCGACUUCUGGUGUACUAGAAUCUGGCUUUGAUGCAUCGCCUGAAAAGUCAAUGACUGUCUCUGAGGCAUGCAGUUCAUCUGAAUCCCCACCCUGUGGAAAUAGUAUUGUUAAAGUGCCUUCUGGCAUCUUUGAUGCAACGGGUAGAAAAAGCAGUAGCGGUGCCCUGCCAGCCCAGAUACCCACAGUUCAAGAUUCUGCCGAUGACUCUGUUUUUUUAAGUGAAGGCCAGAGUAAAAAGUCUGAAGAGAAGGCCCAGAAGAGGCAGAAGAUGUUUUCAGAGAGAAGCUGCAGUUUCAGUGCAGAGAGCAGGGCAGGAAUGAUGAAGAAAGGCAGUCUAGACAUUACAACCAAUGAGAUGGCUAUGAAGAUGGGAGCAGAUGCCAAGAUCCUUACAGCUGCACUUUCAAAGACACCACCACAUCCACAGACAAGCAAGCAGUUCAAUUUUGAAACUGUAGAGAGCCAUACUGCCUCUUCGAUAACAGAAGACCAAACAGGUCAUCAAAGAGAAACUGCUGAACCGACUGCAGAACAGACUUCAGUACAUAGAUCACAGGACAUGUUUGACUCCUUAGAUACUGUCAAAGAGGAAAGCACAGUGGACUCUUUUGAGGCUCUACAACUUGUAGAAGACAACAAGCCUGAUCCUCUUGAGGAGCCAAGUAAGAGAAAUAGUUUCUAUGGUGUUCCUAAAGCAGUAGAGAGGGAAGGAGUAAAGACAGGCCUUGAUCCUUUAUCUCUUCUGGCAUCAGAAACCGUGGAGGCAAAACCAUCCCCAGUUGAGGAGAAAACAAUAUCCCCAGUUGUUGCGCGUAACCUAGCAGAUGAAAUAGAAAGUUAUAUGAAUUUAAAAAGUCCACUUGGCAGCAAGUCGUCAAGCAUGGAACUUAGAAGCCAGGAGACUGCUAAGGCAGAUGGCCCAGGUAGCCUUGAGAGGAGAUCAAGUCUGCCUGUAGAUUCGGUGCCUUCUGCUGAUGUGCAGAUUGAAAAUCAAAAAAACACGGUCUCUAGGUCGAAAACCUUUGCGAACAGUCCAAAGCAUCACCUAAAAAAUCAAAAAGAGCGCUCUCUAUCACUAACUGCUCUUGUGCGCAACUCACCACAUGGAUCUUUUGGUUCAGUGGUAAAUUCACUGCCCGGACUUAAAUUUGACCAUCUAUUGGCGGGACCCAAAAUGGAUGUGUUAAAAUCCAGCGUGAAGCAAGCCGCCAGCAAGAUGUGGGAAGCGGUAUCGUCUGCUUAUAGCUAUUCUGAUGAUGAGGAUGAUGGACAUCAACGGGAAGCUCCCUUUCCUUCAAAUGUUGAGGAACACAUUCAUGGUGACAGCAUCAAGACGACCUUGCAGGGAUUGUCUGUGAACAACCUGAAUCACAGCACUACCAGCCUGGGCAGCAGCAGCAGCGGAGAUUAUAGCAAACAUAGCUACACAAACAGUGAUUCAACACCCGGAAGAGGUAUGAGAGGCUUGGAUUCAGAAAGAUCAGAACAUUCUCAAAAUACCAGCUUAUCAAGUAUGUUUCAGAACUGCGCUAUGGAGGUCCUGAUGUCUAGUUGUUCCCAAUGCACAGCUUGUGAUGCUCUGGUUUAUGAUGAAGAGAUUAUGGCAGGAUGGACUGCUGAUGAUUCCAAUCUGAACACUGUAUGCCCGUUUUGUAAAACCACCUUCUUGCCUCUCCUUUACAUUGAAUUCAAGGAUUUGCGUGGCUCUGCCAGUUUUUUUCUCAAGCCAGGCAACUCGGGGGACAGUCUGCAUGGCCGUAACCAUCCGUCAACAACAGACACCACUCAUAAAAAGGAGUCACCGUCCACCACUGACACAAACCAUGUGACAGAUUCUCUGCCUCCACUUGCAACAGCAGAAAACACUGCGCAUAGCUCCAGUGACAUCCAAGAUGCAGAUACAAAGCCUUCAGACAAAAAUGGUACUCCAAAACGAGCUGCUUCUCUUACAAGAAGCCACAGUGUGGGUGGACCUCUUCAGAAUAUAGACCUUUCACAGAGACCUUCUCAUGGGGUGUCCACUGUUAGCCUACCUAACAGCCUUCAGGAAGUUGUGGAUCCUUUAGAAAAGAGGCACAAUCCUCCACCUGUUUCUGUUCCUUAUCUUAGUCCACUUGUGCUGCGGAAAGAAUUGGAGUCAUUGCUUGAGAAUGAUGGCGACCAAGUCAUCCACACAGCUACUUUUAUCAAUCAGCAUCCCAUCAUCUACUGGAAUUUGGUGUGGUAUUUUAGGCGUUUAGACUUGCCAAGCAAUCUGCCAGGGCUGAUACUGACAUCGGAGCAUUGCAAUGGAGGAGUCCAGAUCUCCCAGUCAUCCUUGUCACAAGACAGCAAGUUGGUUUACAUUCAGUUGUUAUGGGACAAUGUUAACCUACACCAGGAUCCCGGGGAGGCCCUCUAUAUAAAGUGGCGAAACCUGGAAUCCAUUAAGAAGACGGGAGCUCCUAUCCCAAAGGAACUUCAUGAAAUCAAUCAUUUAUUAGAGAGCGUCACUCUCAGUAUACAGCACAAUGAUGUUCUGAGGCCUAUCGACCUUGUCCGGCAGAAGUGUGGCUCAGGGGCUAAACGGCAAAGAAGCAUUUACAGAGAAAUACUGUACCUGUCUCUGGUUUCCCUGGGGAGAGAAAAUAUUGAUAUUGAGGCAUUCGACAAUGAAUACAGACUUGCUUAUGAAAAACUUUCAUCUGAGUUUCUCAAGAAAAUGCAGAAGAUUGAUGCGCCUCCAAGCAAGAACGUAGAGUACUGUCGAGCUGUUUUUGGGGCCCCUUUGAUUUGAAGAAUCUCUUUUGAAUUAAUUUUUUUCAUUCCUUGUUAUACGUUCAACACAAAUGUAAAAAGACAGAAUGCCUAAUUUCUGCUCAAUCUCCCAGAGAAUGGACCCAAGUAGAAUGGUAGCAUUUCCUACACAUGACAUAGGUUCAUCUACUGUGCAAGGCAAUAUAAGAAACUGCUACUUGUACUCCUAUUUUAAUAUGGAAGGCUUGAAACAAGAAUGAUCAAGGUGCAAGUAUAAUGAGAUUUCCAUCACACUGCCACAUUUGCCCACCUUCAGAUGAAAAAUUAAUGCUGAAUUGAAGAUAUACAGCACUUUAAAGUACAAGCAUUUUCUGACCUAACAUUUAAGUUAUUACAUUUUUUUUAAUUAUUAUUUACAAUUUAAAAUUGACAGGUAGCACCGACAGUUAUGCCAUUCUGGUAGGCUCACCUUGUAAUACUUUUCAAUGUUCUUAACCAGCAAAACUUGGUCUGCCUUUGACAAUCGUCCAUCCAGACACUUGACUAUAUCCAUGGCACCCUUAUGGGCCAGGUAACCUAGUGCCUUAUGGGUGGUGUUGCCCAAUACCAGCCCUAUCCACUUUCAGACUAAU